AAUGCAUUGGGUGUGAGUACACGCCGUACACUUAAAAAAGUGUCGCAAACAGUUAAGAGAACUAAUCGAGAACAUUAACAAUACUGUGAAAAGUAGUGACAGACUGAUGACCGAUAUGGUAAUUUAUCAAGUUCUCUGAAGCUACGGUAACGUUAGAAUUCCUUGGACAAUUUAAUCGUCUUCUGGGCGUCUUGCAUAUCUUUACGGUUUCUACAAUCGGAAUGCAGAGGAUUGAUGGAUUUUUUCCUUAGAUCAGACCUCUGGAUUAAAACUUCCUCUUGACGUCAGGAAAAUGCACAUCUAGAUUUCCUUGGGUAACUUCUCCAAAAAGCCGUACACACUGUGCAUGUGUAUGUGUGCGGGGGCGUCGUCUAAUUAUUCAGGAUGCCUUUAAAAGAGAUCGCCGUUACUCCAAUCGUACCUGAGAAAGAAGACAAUGAAAUGGAAGAGUUGGGCAUAUGUAACCAUGGAAGUGAGACAGAAAAUGUUAAGGUUAAACGUGAGAAGCAAGAAUCCCUUGCUAAGACAAACUCUGCCUUUGCUGCUGAUACAAAAGACACUGCCACAUUAGAGCAAGAGUCUGACAAGGAUGAUUUACAACAGACCAGAUCCUCACCAGUCAACCAAACAGUUUCCUUGUUCACAGCAUCCUCAGAGAAGAAGGACAUGGAUAGCAGUGACCAGGGCGAGGACAAAAUCAAAACGGAAACAAAAGUUGGCGUGUUGACACGCAACAGCUCAACACAGUCCUCAGUGUCAGUGACAUCAUCCCGCAGUGACAUCUGUCGGAUAUGUCACUGUGAAGGCGAUGAGGAAUCACCAUUGAUCACUCCUUGCCUCUGUUUAGGAAGUCUACAGCAUGUCCACCAAGCAUGCAUACAACAGUGGAUCAAAAGCUCCAACACCAAGGCGUGUGAGCUGUGCCGAUUUCCAUUUAUAAUGCAGACAAAACUUAAACCUGUUGGAAAGUGGGAGAAGUUAGACAUGACUACUAGUGAGCGACGUAAGAUCAUCUGUUCGGUAUCAUUCCAUAUCAUUGCAAUCACGUGCGUCAUCUGGGCUCUAUACGUCCUUAUUGAUCGUACCAGUACAGAGCUUCAUACUGGCGGUCCAAACAGUGGCAUCAAAGAAUGGCCGUUUUGGACCAAGAUUGUUGUCGUGGCGAUCGGUUUCACAGGGGGACUGGUGUUCAUGUAUGUCCAGUGUAAAGUCUACUUGCAGCUCUGGCGACGGCUGAAAGCGUACAACCGCGUCAUCUACGUACAGAAUUGUCCCCCAGAGGAGAGACUCAAAGCUAAGCAGGCUAAGACCCUUCCAGAACCACCACCCUCUCACAUUGAAAUCAUCAACUGAGAAAUAUUGGAUAUCUACAUGUACAUGUACAUGUAUCUGGUCUUACUUCAAGUAGAAGAUUAUACAAGAAGCAUGUGUAUAUAUACAAAAUGUAAUCACAUACAUGUACACCAAGAAUGCCAUGUGUUGUAACUUUAAGGUAGACAUGAAGUUGCAGUGGUUCUGAAGCAUACCUGUAGCAGGUUGGGUUUUUUAUGAGCAGUACAUGUUGGCAGCAGCUUGUGUCCAAAAAAAGAAGAAAGCAUGUUAUCUCUGUGCACAUGGAACAUUAAAUUUACAUCUCGCCAAAAUUGUUCUCUCAUCAAACCUGGAGUACUGAUAUGUUAAUCACAAAAUUUGAAGGUCUCCAUUUUUGGCCAUUAGGGAGUGAGUUUAAGUGACGAAAUGCUUUGUUAGUGUUGCUGGCUGCAGAAGAUGUUUCUUUGUUCCAGACUAAUACAGAUACACACCGUACUUGACCAUUUUUUUCAAAUAAGUAAAAGCAAAUUGCAGGAUUCAAAUUUAGUCAAUAAGUACCAAUAUCAGUCUGCCAUGUGGUUGACACUCGAUGCACAUGUGUGCGUGUUUAUUUGUACCAGUACAAUGUAUAUUGAUUCCAAGUUCUAAGUUGGGCAAUUAUCAAACUGCACAGUGAAGUUAUUUGUAGUAUAUUUUUUGUCAUGUGAAGAAGAAACCUACAUGUAUCAUAUCCAUAAAAAUCGUGAAAAAGCACCAUUCCUCUUGUUUUUCAAUUUUUAAUCUGCAAAUCUUGUCCAUUUUUCAAAUAUGCCAAAAAUACUAGCAUUAUGAAUUUAUGCUAGAACAUUUUGAAAGCAAAACAAAAUCAUACAUCAGAGUUUAGAGAAAUAGAAAGAUAUAUUUAUUACCUUCACGUACCAGAAAGUAAAGAGGGUAUACAUGUUGCUUCAACAAUUUCUCGACCCACCACCUCUCUUACUAAACAAUCAGUGAACAUUGUCACAUUUGAAGUAAUCGCUACAAAAUUUAUUUCUGACCAUUUACAGGUGCAAUAUUUGUCAGUUGCAGUGAUUUUUAUUUAGUAUCUUACAUGUACAUGUAUAUCAAUUAAGCUAUACUUGGCUGAAUUAUGUAACAACAUCCUAUCAUCCGACCCACAGAAUCUCUGCAUUAUUGUCAGUUUCGUAAACAUUACAUGCAGUGCCUUACUGAGUACUUAAACCUUGCAUAAAAAUAGAAAAAAGGAACAGAGUAUGCUAUUAAGUAAUAAGUUGAACAUUUAAUGUUGAUUCCUAAGAAAAGAGUUUGAAUUUCAAAAAUAUAAUGUACAGUAUUUAAUGUAUUUACUUGUAAAUGUGUCUUCAUUUUCUGCACUUGAUAUACAUGUAUAUAUUACAUUGCAUAGUUUUCAAGCUGCCAUGACACUGCUGGAGUUGUAUGGGAAUAGUGUAAUGUGUGCCAGCAAAAGUUCUGUUUACUUUGGUACAUGUACUCGUUUAUUGUACCAUUCCGUAGGGUCAAGAUGUUAUGGUAUGUUUCUGUUGUACAGUUGUCAUCUUGUAACUCCAUGCUCAAGUAGGGAUGUAAACUGUGUACUGUUGUCUCUGUGUUUUCAUCUAUUUACACAGGGAAAUGUUAAUGACAAUCAAAGUAUUUUAUGACCACAGAAAGCGCACCUAUUUCAAAACUUUAUUUCACCCUUUCUGUUCGGAGGAAUUUACGUUAAAUCUUCUCAUAGCCACAAGAAAUAAACCAACUCUUACUUUUAGUGUAUGAUAUAGUGCAAUCAUGUUAACUGUUGGCAAAGUGAUCAUGUGAAUGAAAAAUAAAGUGAUUUAAUAUAUUUGAAAUGAAGCAAAACAAGAAAUAAAGAACUGCCAAGGUUAAACUGUGGAAUGGAAAAUGUUUGUUGUGUUUGUGAAUUUACGCUGAGGGAUAGUUAGUCUCAUAUCUACACAUACAUUUGUCGGCAGUAAUAUGUAGUGUUGUUUUUUCUUAUUUAUGAUUUCACCCAUUGCAACCUUUCCCCCCCUGCAGUUCAUUGAAUAAAAUGAGUACUGCAAGAUGUAUCUCUGGCAAGCUGAAUCUACAUGUUGCGUAUAAAAUGUGACACAUACCAUGUGUCUGAUCAGUGUGAUCAAGCAAGCGCUGAACUUUUCCUCCCCCCCUUCCCAUCCAGCCUUAAAUGGGGACCAAUUUCACUCUGCAAAUCUGGCCAUUGAACAGCACUGAAAUUGGGCCCAGGAAACACCGCUUUGGGGAAAUGUUGUGCACCCCCCAACAUUUCUUUCCAUCAAAUCUCACCAUACCAUACUGGUUGAUGAAAUUACCACACUGACUCGUGUGUAUGUAAGAUAACAAUACCAUAUGCACCUUUAAUACUGUUGCAUCAUCGCACCUGUUUACAAUAAAAAAGCCUUUGUAAAUUUUAAGUAAAAAUAAAUCUUGGGACUUCAGGAUAAAAUAUUUUAGCAUUUAAUAGUGUACUAAACUUUUAGUGAUGCACUAAGGCAAGACACAUUGUCCCUUCAGUCAAAUGAAAAAGGUUUUUACUGGCACAAAAACAAUUUCACGAAGGUUCUUAUCCAAAACUGAUAUCAGAAGCACAAAGGCUUCCAUUUAAAUGCAAAUAAGGCAAACUAGAUGUACAUAUUCAACUUUUUAACUGAAGUACAUGUAGAUACAGAUCAGUGUGUUUUAAUACAUACAUGUGGUUUCUUUUGUUUGUUCUUCAACUAAUAAAGCUCUACAUAUUACAUCUGUAACCCUACCAGCAUUAUUCCAAGGUCCUUAAGACUACACGCCAAGUGAAAUUAAUACUUUUAGAAAAUUUCCUACAUACCCUGGUGUUUGAGUUUCAGUUCUUCAAAAUAGUGGGAAACUUACCAAUCAAGUUAGCAAGAACAAUGUACAAAUAUUUAAAAUUAUGGACAAAGAAUGUACUUUUCCUUAUUUGCCUCUAAAUAUACACCUCCCCUUGCUGGUUCCAGAAAAAUGAUUCAAACUAAAACUCAGCAUAACAAAAAAAAUUCUGUCAGCUAAUUGCAAGAUAAUCAAUCAUUGAGGGUGGCCAAAUAUAAGAAUGAUGGAAACUGCAGUUGUACAUGUAUAAUCAAUUUAAAAGGAGACAAUGUAUAAUGAAUAUGGUUAAACUGGCCUUCUACCACAACAAGAGGGCGCUACACACAAUCAUGCUGGCCUUCAACAACAAUGCUAAGGCUGCAUCCGCAUAUCUUGUCUAGAGCUAGGUCUAGGUCUUCGCUCCAUUGGAAUUGCGUGGAGACACGCAGACAAUAGACCUAGCCGUAGCUCUGGAAGCCCAUUUCGGACACAGCCUAAGUAAGUGUAAACCUGAUUUCCUUUUCUCUGACUUGGUUAAAACUGUUUUCCCUUUAGUUUCCAGGAAGCACAUUGCAACGUCAGUAGACAAUUUUUGGAAUCUAAAUUAUUCCAAUUGGCAGGUGCCAUUUUUCCUUUCUUCACACACUUGAUUUAAAAAUUGUACAGUGUAAAGUUAAAAAGCUUUAAAAUUCUUUUAAAUUCACAGAAAUCAGUUUAAAUUGCUUUGGUUUACCCUGUUCUAAAAUAAAAUUCUACAACUUACACUGCUUCAACCUUAUCGUAAAUACGCAGGAUUAAUUAAUACUCAAAUUCAUUCAACAUGCAGUCUGUCAUUUUACAUAGUCAAUCUUCUAGGCUGGACUCAACUUAUGAUUUAACUUAUUCAACACCAUCCACUAACACAUAUUUGACGUUAGCCCUAUACAACUAGGUUUCAACAAGUCUUAAUUUGCUCAUCCCUCACCACCCUUACAAGGCAUCGGGAAGGGUAAAUGCAUGCUGUAAGUUUUGUAGCGCACUCAUUAGGAAAAACUUCCAUGUACACAUGACACGUGUACACUGAGUGUACAAAUACCCUAAAAUGCUUUGCACAUCAACAGCUGUGAUCAAUGUAUUUUUUUUCACAUGCUGGAAUUAAUUUGCCCUACCCAGUCACCUGUGAGGGCUGCUGCAGGUGAUAAGCAGUCUUGAUUAAAAUUGGCUGUGACCAUAGCUGACAUCUGACCUUAGCUGACAGCAACACAUGUGUCUAUUGGAAAUGGAGUUCGCUGUCAGCUAAGUUACCACAAACAAAUGGAUUAUUGCUGACUGUAGCAAAGGAAAUCAGAAAAGGUCUUACUUUAAAUAUGUUGUUAACCAAUUGCUGCCAAGGACCCGUUUUCGAGCACGUAGGCUUUAUACAUGGAGCCAGGAAACCCGAAAUGGGACAAAGGGAAUUGGGCGUUGUAA